AUGUCCAACAGCAGCUCCAUGCCCCAGUUCCUCCUCCUGGCAUUGGCAGAUAGGCGGGAGCUGCAGCUCCUGCACUUCUGCCUCUUCCUGGCCAUCUCCCUGGCUGCCCUCCUGGCCAACGGCCUCAUCCUCAGCGCCGUAGCCUGUGACCACCACCUGCACACCCCCAUGGGCUUCUUCCUGCUCAACCUCUCCCUCACAGACCUGGGCUGCACCUGCACCACUGUCCCCAAAGCCAUGCACAAUUCCCUCUGGGACAUCACAACCAUCUCUUACACAGGAUGUGUUGCACAGGUCUUUCUGCUUGUCUUCUUCCUUGGAGCAGAGUUUUCCCUCCUCACCAUCAUGUGCUACGACCGCUACGUUGCCAUCUGCAAACCCCUGCACUACGGGACCCUCCUGGGCAGCAGAGCUUGUGCCCACAUGGCAGCAGCUGCCUGGGCCACUGGCUUUCUCACUGCUCUGCUGCACACAGUCAGUACAUUUUCCCUGCCCCUGUGCCAGGGCAAUGCCCUGGGCCAGUUCUUCUGUGAACUCCCCCACAUCCUCAAGCUCUCCUGCUCACACUCAGGCUACCUCAGGGAAAUUGGGCUCAUUGUGGUUAAUGCCUGUUUAGCACUUGUUUUUUUCAUUUUCAUUGUUUUCUCCUAUGUGCAGAUCUUCAGGGCUGUGCUGAGGAUCCCGUCUGAGCAGGGACGGCACAAAGCCUUUUCCACGUGCCUCCCUCACCUGGCCGUGGUCUCCUUGUUUAUCAGCACUGGCAUAUUUUCCAACCUCAAGCCCCCCUCCAUCUCCUCCCCAUCCCUGGACCUGGUUCUGUCAGUUCUGUACUCAGUGGUGCCUCCAGCACUGAAUCCCCUCAUAUAUAGCCUGAGGAACCAGGAACUCAAAGAUGCCAUAAGGAAAACACUGACUGGAUGCUUUUCAGAAGCAAAAAGCUGCCUGUUUUCUUCUAAUUCUUAACAUUAAUUGCUAAAAACCAAUCCUCUCUUCUCAGGAUUUUGGAGGAGCUAAGAAUGUUUUCUUCAGUAUUUUUACUUUUUAUUAUGUAGUGCAGAAUAAAAUUUUGUUCUGGAUCGCACUUCUAAUUCACUGUCUUCCUCCUGAAUUUUACCCUUCCGCUCUGUAAAUGAGGAACCCUCUCUGUAUAUUAAAACAAAUAAAAGGACACAGUGGAAACCUGGUGGUUUUGAUAUGGUUCUUCAAAGACCUUUGUAAAAUGUCAAGUCAGUGCCUGUGUGCAGGGGGGUUGGGGAAAAGGGGACCAGAACAGCAGCACUGCAAGGGAGCACCAGCGCUUGAUCCUUCCCAAUUCAACACUCCCCUUCUGUGCCUUUGCGUAAGGUCCCUGAGUGCUCUGGUUGGUUGGUCACUGUUCUGCUUGGUGUCAGUGCUGUGACCCCGGGCAGGGACAGAGUUGGGCUUAAGGACAGCAGAAUCCUGCCCGGGCUGGAGUCACCAAGAGAUAAAGUACCACGUGUCUGCUGUAAUCCGUGAGAGCACAGGGCACACAGCAGGAACAGGGAAAGGAGUCUGGGGAGUGACUCAUCUCCCCUCAGUGAACUUCCAUAGGAGGUGCCAGGGCAGCCCCCAAAGCCAUGUCCCAGCUCUGGAACAAGGCAGGGCCCCUCUGAGCACCCUCCAUGGCCACACAGGAGUGUUUGUGGGAGGUGAUCAGUGGCA